AUGUCGAAGAAAUUAGUUCUCCUGACGAUUUUUUAUUUCGGAAGCUAUGGUAUUUGUUUACCACAAAAUUGUCCGUGUAGUAAAAGUCAAUAUAGUUAUUCGGGUCCGCCUCAGUUGGUGUUAGCGCGACCAUGAGCGAUAAAAUCUGCCUUAGAGUCUCCUAAAGAAGCUGACAAGAAAUUAAAAACAGAUCUUGUAGAUUUGGAAGAAGACAAAAAUUCAAAGGCUCAAAAUAAUAUUAAGCCGAAGGCUGCAACGCCACCUAGGCGGCGAAUUAAAAUAACAAACAUAGAUGACCGGAGUUCUAAUUCUGAAGAAAAAGUAGCGGAGAAGAACAAGGCAGAAACAGAAGAGAGCUUGAGUGAAGAAGUAGAAGAAGAAGAAAAAGAAGAAGAAAAAGAAGAAGAAGAAGAAGAGGAAAGUUCAGAUGACCAAAGAGAAAUUGAUACACUGAAUCUUCUUGGACAGUUAUUCCAAGUGCUGGCUUUACAGUACCAAAAAGUUUUCGGCGAGCAAAAUAACCUGAAUGCAACGAAUUCUUCUUCUGUUAAGUCUGAUGUCGAUGACGAGGAGCAAGAAGAUUAUGGGGAUUAUUCUUAUGAUUCAGUGCCUACGCAGAUUGACACCCCGGAAACGGAGCAAAAGAUUGCGAAGAAAGAAAAAAGAAAAGCUGAGGUACAGAUAAAAGAGAAGGAGAAGGUGACGAAUAAGGUGCAGAGAAUAAAUUAUAAUGGCACAACUACGGCAAAGCCUUCGGAUUGA